UUUGGAUUAGCCUAGGUAUCCGUAUUCCUUUAUUACAACCCUAGUGGGAAGCUCCAAUAAUCCCCUGCGCUCCUCAGUCCAUCUCAGUACAUAUUCUACUUUUACGAAUUUCAGCAGGGGUGUGGCAGCCAUGUCAAGCAUGAUGCUCCCAGAAGACGUAGUUCUUGAAAUCCUUAUAAGGCUACCUGUGGUAUGGAUACAUAAUUGUAAGUGUGUAUGCAAGACAUGGGUUUCCUUAAUUUCUAACCGUAACUUUGUGAAACGGCAUCUAGAUCAUACUAUUCACAACAAAAAAACAAUCUAAGUUUAUGUCUAUUAUUGAUGACGACACUAAACCAUAUUACCCUCUAAUUAGCACCGUAAGUUAUGAUGAUAUGCUCUAUUCUUCUUCUUUCCUAUCGGGUGCUGAAGAUUGUGUUGAAAUGGAUCCACCAUUCAUAGACUUAGCUCUUCCAGUUCGCUUGUUGGGAUCUGGUUUGAUCUGCAUCAUGUUUCAUACUAGUAUGGUUAGGUUGGUGCGCUUCUUUUUAUUUGGAACCCGACAACUGGAGAAUACAAGAUAUUACCAGGUUCACAGAAUAAAGUUAGGGACCAUGAUCACUCGUCUAUUUAUUCAUUUGGCUACGAUUCUAAGAAUGAUGACUGCAAGCUUGUAAAAGCUGAAUUCUCGGAUUAUCUUGUCAAAUUUCCACCAAGUGAGAGGAUGUUCAUGUUUCUGAGGUAUAUUCGUUAGAGUCGGAUUCAUGGAGAGGCAUUGAUACCAUCCCUUAUAAUAUGCUCAAGUAUAUUCCUUAUGAUAGCGUAUCUGGCGUGCUUGUUAACGGAAUUCGUCACUGGUUAGGGCACGAGGAGUUUAUCGUCUCUUUUGAUUUCAGCGAGGAGAGUUCAAGCAAAUGCACUUGCCGAAAGUUUUUCAGGACGACAAAAGUACUCUUUGGACCGUGGGAGUGUUGGAAGAGUGCCUAUGUGUGACUAAUUAUGUUUCGAAGCCUUGUCAGAUUGAGAUAUGGGUGAUGCAUGAUUAUGGUGUUCAGGAAUCCUGGACUAAACGUUUUGUCAUUCGCCAGGAGGAAGUUACGAAAAACAAUCUCUGGCAGCUAAGAGUGAUUUGGUCUUUCAAAGAUGCUAAGAUUCUAUUAAAGAGUGACUGUGAACGACACUUUGUUUUGUAUGACCCUAAGCAAGAUACCGUGAGAAGUAGUUCACUAGUGAUAUGUGGAGCGGAGAAUUAUGUCGAAAGCUUGGUUUCACUUAACUCUGGUAUUUAUGUGGGGAGUCGUCAUGGAUAUGCCAACAUUCUACGUGCACCUCUUCGAGUACGAGGUAUUAGUAGAAUUAUCAGGAAUGACACUGGUGGUUUUGUAGCUUGCUAUGGGAAGCAGCAUAUUCUUUGAAUCUCAAACAAUGCAAACGAGGUUUGGGCAUUUCGUGAUGGUGUUAUUCUGGCUAAACAGUGGG